AUGUACACUGUCUUGAGCUCCUCUGGUGGUGGUGGGUGGGAGGAGGAAGAGGGGUGUAAAGAGUUAGGCUCCUACAUCUCCCCCCACACUGCUGCUCUGACUCGCCCGGUGCUGUAUUUUACUGGCCCGGGCGGCAAUGAAGAGCGCCUCUAUGGAGGGGCGCUUGUGGAUGAGCCCUCCAGCCCACGACCGCAGCAGCAGCUCCGCCAGUUAGUGGUGUGGGAUGUGAGGGGAUUGAGGGAUGGGGUGCAGAGGAGAACAGGCGAGAGGAAACGGACUGAGAAGACCUCCCAGCAGCUGGUCCCCUUCAGACCUCCCAGCACCUCUCAGAGGAGAGGGGCCUUCCUCUCACUCAGAGGAGAGGCGCCUUCCUCUCACUCAGAGGAGAGGCGCCUGCCUCUCACUCAGAGGAGAGGCGCCUUCCACUCACUCAGAGGAGAGGCGCCUUCCUCUCACUCAGAGGAGAGGCGCCUUCCUCUCACUCAGAGGAGAGGCGCCUUCCUCUCACUCAAGAGGAGAGGCGCCUUCCUCUCACUCAGAGGAGAGGCGCCUGCCUCUCACUCAGAGGAGAGGCGCCUUUCUCUCACUCAGAGGAGAGGCGCCUGCCUCUCACUCAGAGGAGAGGCGCCUUCCUCUCACUCAGAGGAGAGGAGCCUGCCUCUCACUCAGAGGAGAGGCGCCUUUCUCUCACUCAGAGGAGAGGCGCCUGCCUCUCACUCAGAGGAGGGGCGCCUCCCUCUCAAUCAGAGGAGAGGCGCCUUCCUCUCACUCAGAGAAGAGGCGCCUGCCUCUCACUCAGAGGAGAGGCGCCUUCCUCUCACUCAGAGGAGAGGCGCCUGCCUCUCACUCAGAGGAGGGGCGCCUGCCUCUCACUCAGAGGAGAGGCGCCUGCCUCUCACUCAGAGGAGAGGCGCCUUCCUCUCACUCAGAGGAGAGGCGCCUUCCUCUCACUCAGAGGAGAGGCGCCUGCCUCUCACUCAGAGGAGAGGCGCCUUCCUCUCACUCAGAGGAGAGGCGCCUGCCUCUCACUCAGAGGAGAGGUGCCUUCCUCUAACUCAGAGGAGGAGAAGCGCCUGCCUCUCACUCAGAGGAGAGGCGCCUUCCUCUCACUCAGAGGAGAGGCGCCUUCCUCUCACUCAGAGGAGGGGCGCCUGCCUCUCACUCGGAGGAGAGGCGCCUGCCUCUCACUCAGAGGAGAGGCGCCUUCCUCUCACUCAGAGGAGAGGCGCCUGCCUCUCACUCAGAGGAGAGGCGCCUGCCUCUCACUCAGAGGAGAGGCGCCUUCCUCUCACUCAGAGGAGAGGCGCCUGCCUCUCACUCAGAGGAGAGGCGCAUUCCUCUCACUCAGAGGAGAGGCGCCUUCCUCUCACUCAGAGGAGAGGCGCCAUCCUCUCACUCAGAGGAGAGGCGCCUGCCUCUCACUCAGAGGAGGAGAGGCGCCUGCCUCUCACUCAGAGGAGAGGCGCCUUCUCUCACUCAGAGGAGAGGCGCCUUCCUCUCACUCAGAGGAGAGGCGCCUGCCUCUCACUCAGAGGAGAGGCGCCUGCCUCUCACUCAGAGGAGAGGCGCCUGCCUCUCACUCAGAGGAGAGGCGCCUGCCUCUCACUCAGAGGAGAGGCGCCUUCCUCUCACUCAGAGGAGAGGCGCCUUCCUCUCACUCAGAGGAGAGGCGCCUGCCUCUCACUCAGAGGAGAGGCGCCUUCCUCUCACUCAGAGGAGAGGCGCCUUCCUCUCACUCAGAGGAGAGACGCCUGCCUCUCACUCAGAGGAGGAGAGGCGCCUGCCUCUCACUCAGAGGAGAGGCGCCUUCCUCUCACUCAGAGGAGAGGCGCCUGCCUCUCACUCAGAGGAGAGGUGCCUUCCUCUAACUCAGAGGAGGAGAAGCGCCUGCCUCUCACUCAGAGGAGAGGCGCCUUCCUCUCACUCAGAGGAGAAGCGCCUUCCUCUCACUCAGAGGAGGGGCGCCUGCCUCUCACUCGGAGGAGAGGCGCCUGCCUCUCACUCAGAGGAGAGGCGCCUUCCUCUCACUCAGAGGAGAGGCGCCUUCCUCUCACUCAGAGGAGAGGCGCCUGCCUCUCACUCAGAGGAGAGGCGCCUUCCUCUCACUCAGAGGAGAGGCGCCUGCCUCUCACUCAGAGGAGAGGCGCAUUCCUCUCACUCAGAGGAGAGGCGCCUUCCUCUCACUCAGAGGAGAGGCGCCAUCCUCUCACUCAGAGGAGAGGCGCCUGCCUCUCACUCAGAGGAGGAGAGGCGCCUGCCUCUCACUCAGAGGAGAGGCGCCUUCCUCUCACUCAGAGGAGAGGCGCCUUCCUCUCACUCAGAGGAGAGGCGCCUGCCUCUCACUCAGAGGAGAGGCGCCUGCCUCUCACUCAGAGGAGAGGCGCCUGCCUCUCACUCAGAGGAGAGGCGCCUGCCUCUCACUCAGAGGAGAGGCGCCUUCCUCUCACUCAGAGGAGAGGCGCCUUCCUCUCACUCAGAGGAGAGGCGCCUGCCUCUCACUCAGAGGAGGAGAGGCGCCUGCCUCUCACUCAGAGGAGAGGCGCCUUCCUCUCACUCAGAGGAGAGGCGCCUGCCUCUCACUCAGAGGAGAGAGGAGAGGCGCCUGCCUCUCACUCAGAGGAGAGGUGCCUUCCUCUCACUCAAGAGGAGAGGCGCCUUCCUCUCAAUCAGAGGAGAGGCGACUGCCUCUCACUCAGAGGAGAAGCGCCUUCCUCUCAGUCAGAGGAGAGGCGCCUGCCUCUCACUCAGAGGAGAGGCGACCUCCUCUCACUCAGAGGAGAGGCGCCUUCCUCUCACUCAGAGGAGAGGCGCCUUACUCUCACUCAGAGGAGAGGCGACUUCCUCUCACUCAGAGGAGAGGCGCCUUCCUCUCACUCAGAGGAGAGGCGCCAUCCUCUCACUCAGAGGAGAGGCGCCUGCCUCUCACUCAGAGGAGGAGAGGCGCCUGCCUCUCACUCAGAGGAGAGGCGCCUUCCUCUCACUCAGAGGAGAGGCGCCUUCCUCUCACUCAGAGGAGAGGCGCCUGCCUCUCACUCAGAGGAGAGGCGCCUGCCUCUCACUCAGAGGAGAGGCGCCUGCCUCUCACUCAGAGGAGAGGCGCCUGCCUCUCACUCAGAGGAGAGGCGCCUUCCUCUCACUCAGAGGAGAGGCGCCUUCCUCUCACUCAGAGGAGAGGCGCCUGCCUCUCACUCAGAGGAGGAGAGGCGCCUGCCUCUCACUCAGAGGAGAGGCGCCUUCCUCUCACUCAGAGGAGAGGCGCCUGCCUCUCACUCAGAGGAGAGGUGCCUUCCUCUAACUCAGAGGAGAGGCGCCUUCCUCUCACUCAGAGGAGAGGCGCCUUCCUCUCACUCAGAGGAGAGGCGCCUGCCUCUCACUCAGAGGAGAGGUGCCUUCCUCUCACUCAAGAGGAGAGGCGCCUUCCUCUCAAUCAGAGGAGAGGCGACUGCCUCUCACUCAGAGGAGAAGCGCCUUCCUCUCAGUCAGAGGAGAGGCGCCUGCCUCUCACUCAGAGGAGAGGCGACCUCCUCUCACUCAGAGGAGAGGCGCCUUCCUCUCACUCAGAGGAGAGGCGCCUUACUCUCACUCAGAGGAGAGGCGACUUCCUCUCACUCAGAGGAGAGGCGCCUUCCUCUCACUCAGAGGAGAGGCGCCUUCCUCUCACUCAGAGGAGAGGCGCCUUCCUCUCACUCAGAGGAGAGGCGCCUUCCUCUCACUCAGAGGAGAGGCGCCUGCCUCUCACUCAGAGGAGAGGCGCCUUUCUCUCACUCAGAGGAGAGGCGCCUUCCUCUCACUCAGAGGAGAGGCGCCUUCCUCUCACUCAGAGGAGAGGCGCCUUCCUCUCACUCAAGAGGAGAGGCGCCUGCCUCUCACUCAGAGGAGAGGCGACCUCCUCUCACUCAGAGGAGAGGCGCCUUCCUCUCACUCAGAGGAGAGGUGCCUUCCUCUAACUCAGAGGAGAGGCGCCUUCCUCUCACUCAGAGGAGAGGCGCCUGCCUCUCACUCAGAGGAGAAGCGCCUUCCUCUCACUCAGAGGAGAGGCGCCUUCCUCUCACUCAGAGGAGAGGCGCCUUCCUCUCACUCAGAGGAGAAGCACCUGCCUCUCACUCAGAGGAGAGGCGCCUUCCUCUCACUCAGAGGAGAGGCGCCUUCCUCUCACUCAGAGGAGAGGUGCCUUCCUCUAACUCAGAGGAGAGGCGCCUUCCUCUCACUCAGAGGAGAGGCGCCUGCCUCUCACUCAGAGGAGAAGCGCCUUCCUCUCACUCAGAGGAGAGGCGCCUUCCUCUCACUCAGAGGAGAGGAGCCUUCCUCUCACUCAGAGGAGAGGCGCCUUCCUCUCACUCAGAGGAGUGGCGCCUUCCUCUCACUCAGAGGAGAGACGCCUUCCUCUCACUCAGAGGAGAGGCGCCUUCCUCUCACUCAGAGGAGAGGCGCCUGCCUCUCACUCAGAGGAGAGGCGCCUGCCUCUCACUCAGAGGAGAGGCGCCUGCCUCUCACUCAGAGGAGAGGCGCCUUCCUCUCACUCAGAGGAGAGGCGCCUGCCUCUCAAUCACAGGAGAGGCGCCUUCCUCUCACUUAGAGAAGAGGCGCCUUCCUCUCACUCAGAGGAGAGGCGCCUUCCUCUCACUCAGAGGAGAGGCGCCUGCCUCUCACUCAGAGGAGAGGCGCCUUCCUCUCACUCAGAGGAGAGGCGCCUGCCUCUCACUCAGAGGAAAGGCGCCUGCCUCUCACUCAGAGGAGAGGCGCCUUCCUCUCAUUCAGAGGAGAGGCGCAUGCCUCUCAGUCAGAGGAGAGGCGCCUUCCUAUCACUCAGAGGAGAGGCGCCUUCCUCUCACUCACAGGAGAGGCGCCUUCCUCUCACUCAGAGGAGAGGCGCCUUCCUCUCACUCAGAGGAGAGGCGCCUGCCUCUCACUCACAGGAGAGGCGCCUUCCUCUCACGCAGAGGAGAGGCGCCUUCCUCUCACUCAGAGGAGAGGCGCCUUCCUCUCACUCAGAGGAGAGGCGCCUGCCUCUCACUCAGAGGAGAGGCGCAUGCCUCUCAGUCAGAGGAGAGGCGCCUUCCUCUCACUCAGAGGAGAGGCGCCUUCCUCUCACUCAGAGGAGAGGCGCCUUCCUCUCACUCAGAGGAAGGGCGCCUUCCUCUCACUCAGAGGAGAGGCGCCUUCCUCUCACUCAGAGGAGACGCGCCUGCCUCUCACUCAGAGGAGAGGUGCCUUCCUCUAACUCAGAGAGGAGAGGCGCUUUCCUCUCACUCAGAGGAGAGGCGCCUUCCUCUCACUCAGAGGAGAGCCGCCUGCCUCUCACUCAGGAGAGAGGCGCCUGCCUCUCACUCCGAGGAGAGGCGCCUGCCUCUCACUCAGAGGAGAGGCGCCUGCCUCUCACUCAGAGGAGAGGCGCCUUCCUCUCACUCAGAGGAGAGGCGCCUUCCUCUCACUCAGAGGAGAGGCGCCUGCCUCUCACUCAGAGGAGAGGCGCCUUCCUCUCACUCAGAGGAGAGGCGCCUUCCUCUCACUCAGAGGAGAGGCGCCUGCCUCUCACUCAGAGGAGGAGAGGCGCCUGCCUCUCACUCAGAGGAGAGGCGCCUUCCUCUCACUCAGAGGAGAGGCGCCUGCCUCUCACUCAGAGGAGAGGUGCCUUCCUCUAACUCAGAGGAGAGGCGCCUUCCUCUCACUCAGAGGAGAGGCUCUUAG